AUGGCGGCACUCUCGGCCCCAAGGACAAUGCUGGCUCCCCACCAGCUCGACUCGGCGGCAACAGCAGCAACAACAACAGAAGAAGGUGGUGAAUCCGGAAGCGAAUCUGCUCUUGAACCCGUCACUCCUGUCAGCGGUCGUCAUUCACAAGAUUUCACCCUCCAAGGCCAGGAUCUACAAGAUCUUAAAAGUCUACAGUCUUACCAAGACACUUCAGUCACAUCCUCAGGCGUUCAGCCUAUUGCAAUCCCCGGUGCCAACGCGGGCAACAAUAACAAAGGUGCCUACCUCUCGCAGUCUGCAAGUCGACCACCUACCACCUACGAGCCAACUACCCCGAGGGCGACAGAACCAGAGCCUGGCAGCUCUCUUACCCGCCAAUCGACUCGUGGAUCUAUCUCAACCGCGAGCUUCAAGCGCACCAUGUCCAACUUCUUCCGUCGAUCAAAUUCACAAGCAAAGAACGACUAUACUCCCGCGGAACCGGCAACACCGACAGUCGUGUCUGCGCCCACAGAGCCCCAGACUAAUGGUCAACCGCGGGCUGCGGCUCGCCGCCGUUUCUCUAUGAACCGCUCAUCUGCUACUACUCGCUCCAACUCUCCCCCUUCACCCAGCGACAACGGCAUCGAAAUGAAGAUACCACACCGCGAACGCGAAUCCGACAAGGCCCUCCCUAGCCAAGGCGACUUUAAGAAGAACCGUGCUUCCACUGGAUUUACCUUCCGCAAUCGAGCUAUUAAUUUUGCUGGUGCGAAUCAGAACAGUCGAGGAAAUGCGAACAAGCGCCCUGAAUACAACCGCCGAGCUAGCAGCUAUGACGGCAGCCGCCCCAACACCCCUCUUCCACCACCCGCAGAAGGUGAUGAGACUAUGUAUCCGCCUGAGCGAAGUGUUUGGCCUCUUCCCCCAGAGUCCGGAACUGGUGCCAAGGCCCGCCGCAUGAGUUUGAGUCUUCCUGAUGAUUUUGCUGUGGAUGUGGCUGAGCUACAAAGCGAGUUUGAAUAUCAACGCAAGUUUUUGGGCCGGCAUGGCAAGCAUCUCGGCAAGGGAGCUGCGUCAAAGGUGACCCUCAUGAUGCGCAAAGGAUGUCCAGAGGAGCUCUAUGCUGUGAAGGAGUUCCGUGGAAAAUCGCAUCGUGAGAGCCAGCAAGACUAUGAAAACAAGAUCAAGUCAGAGUUCAGCAUUGCAAAGAGUCUGCACCACCCAAAUAUUGUCGAAACCUUUCGCCUUUGUACUGAUCAUGGGCGAUGGAACCACGUUAUGGAAUACUGUUCCGAAGGUGAUCUCUUCAGCCUGGUGCAAAAGGGCCACCUCAAGGGCGAUGAACGUAAGAAGGACCGCAUGUGUUUGUUCAAGCAAUUGAUACAAGGCGUGCAUUACCUUCAUGUCAACGGCAUUGCCCACCGCGAUAUUAAGCUUGAGAACCUUCUCAUUACCAAAGACAGCAAGCUCAAAAUCACUGAUUUUGGCGUGUCAGAUGUGUUCUGCGGUAUUCACCCCGGCGUCCGGGAAGCUGGUGGACAAUGCGGUCGUAAUAUGGGUGGCGAGAUCCGACUGUGCUCACCUGGUAUCUGUGGAAGUGAACCCUAUAUCGCCCCCGAAGUCCUCGCCAAGAAGGAAUCAUAUGACCCCCGGGCCCUCGACGUUUGGAGUUCCGCGAUCGUCAUGAUUUAUCUGACAUUUGGCGGUGCUAUAUGGUCUCGUGCUGAGCCUGGCGAGCUUCAUUACGACAAGCUCGUCGCAGGUUGGAAUAAAUGGUAUUCAAAGCACCCGGAAAGCGACGCUUCUAUCAGCGAUAGUGAUUACCCCAAAUGUUACGCCCUCGACGUUGGCAUGAGCCCGCCCGCCUUGCGUCGCCUUGUACUGCAGAUGCUAAAUCCCGAGCCCACCAAACGUAUCGGCAUCGACGAGGUUAUCAACAAUCGUUGGUUGAAGAAUGUUGAAUGCUGCCAGGUCGAAUCAUACGACGACCCGGCUUUACUCAUCGACGCCACCAAGAAGGACAACUCGGCAAAUGGCAACAAAAAGAUCUUCUGUCAUAAUCACUUGCCCCCGAAGGGCAUUGGCUCUCACUCUCUUGGCAAGAUGCCGGGUCAGGCGGGAUACUAG